AUGGUUGAGAAGAAUCGAUUGUCGCCCUGGAAGGGCGUGGUGUCAGGCACAACUGCGGCCAUCCUUGCAAAUGUACUCGUAUACCCUCUAGAUAUAGUUAAGACAAGACUACAGGUUCAAGUUCAGCAGCAAAAGUCCAAUCACGAGAACGAGAAAUCCGAUCACGGCAAAAUACAGGACCCUCAGUAUACGGGUGCAGUUGAUGCAAUUCGCAAAAUAUUGCGACAGGAUGGCAUUUCCGGAUUAUAUACUGGAAUUGAAAGCUCCAUCGCGGGCACGGCAUCCAUGAACUUUGCGUAUUUCUACUGGUCUGCCGCCGCGCGAAGUGCAUAUCAACAAAGUCUUCAAUAUUACGGUAUUGAGGAUUUCAAUAGCAUCAUUAAGGAGUUUGGUCUUGGAGCUGCCGGUGGAGCUCUUGCUCAAUUGUGUACGACUCCUAUUGCCGUGGUAGCCACAAGGCAGCAAACUCGCAAGGCAGAUGAUGAAAAACAGUCCAUGUGGGAGACCAUGAUGGACAUUGUCUCCAGCGGGGACGGAUGGACCGGUCUAUGGCGAGGAUUUAAGGUCAACCUCAUACUCGUGAUCAAUCCCAUGAUCACUUACGGCGUUUACCAGUGGCUGAGAGUUGGACUUGUUGGGUUGAAGAGGCAACUCGGAUCUCUGGAUGCCUUCUGUUCGUUUUUCAUCCCCUCCGUCAAAAUCGUCUUUGACUCUAAUUAUUCCAACUGA